AGCGCCACGUAGUGAACAAAGCUGGCCGCAUAUCUAACUUAUGCGACAAGUGUCAGUGCACACAGUAGUGUUAUAUAUUUCUCAUUAUUUAUUUUGCAAUCUGUAAUAAAAACAAGCUUCGCAAUGGAGACCAAAAUAAUUAAUCAAAAAGCAUACUUGGAGAGAUAUAUGUCUUCAGGAAUUAACGAAGAGAAGAAAAAGAAGAAGAAGAAAAAGCUCAAAACGGGAACAAAAACAGUAAAAAUUAUAGACGACGACAUAGACCUGAGAAAUAUGAGACCUAUUAAAGAUGAUGAACUCGACAUUUGUUUGGACGGAGAAGACGCUCCCCAAAUUGCUGGCAUAGUCGAUGAUCGUGGACCAGUUGACUUCACGGACAAAAGAAGAUGGAAAAUUUUAAACGAAGAUGGAGAUUUAACAGUCAUUAAUCGUGCUGUCGAUAAAGAAACAAGAAAUCAAGAUGACGAAUUAAACGCUAAGCAGAAUGAAUAUGACGAUUCUGAUUUGAGUCCACUUAGAUCUAAGCGGUCUAAAAACAGAAAUCCAAGUCCACAUGAACGACCCAAAGACGACGAUUCGGAUUUGAGUCCACUUAGAUCUAAGCGGUCUAAAAACAGAAAUCCAAGUCCACAUGAACGACCCAAAGACGACGAUUCGGAUUUGAGUCCACUUAGAUCUAAGCGGUCUAAAGAAAAAAAACAUAAAGAUUCAAAUUUAAAACGAGCUCACGAUAAUGAUUCAGAUUUGAGUCCACCUAGGCAUUCUAAAAACAAGUAUGCAGAUUCAAAGUUACAUAAACGAUCAAAAGAUGAUGAUUCCGAUUUGAGUCCGCCCAGGAAAUCUAAAAAUUAUGAUUCGGAUCAAAGUCCACCUAGACAGUCUAGGAACAAUGACUCUGACUCGAGUCCACCCAGAAGAAGUACAAAACAUCACACAUCAACAAACAAUAUGUCCGGACGAAGUUAUCGAAUGUCAGAUAAUAAAGACAAUGAUUCGGAUUUAAGUUCAUUUAGAAAAAGCAAACAGAAUCUAGACACAAAUUUUAAUAAAAGCAGAAAGAAUAAAGACAGGGACGCAGAUGUGAAUAGAUCUCGCCGCAAAGAACAUAGGUCUCGGAGAGACAAUUCGCCACGUUCCGGUUCGCACAGAGACGAUAGAGGCUACGAUUAUCGCGAUAGAAAUUCCAAUAAAGAUGACGUAUCGAGAUCGAAUAGGAUUAAACCGGAAAGGGAAUACGAAGAACGCGAUCGUAAAUCUCGAUCGUACUCGAAUAUGAAAAACGAAAGAAAAAAAUCACGUUGGAACGAUGAAACGACUGAUUUCGAACGUGGACACACNGAAGAUCAUUCCAAAGAUCAUCACGGUCGAAUGACAAAGACAUUGGAUGGAAAAAAAGCAGGUUUGCAAGAUGCGAAAGCGUCGCGAGAGGAAACAAGAGUUAUCAAACGGCGAGAAAUAGAGGAGUUUAGAAUGAUGGAGUUCACUGGAGAAGGACAAGCUCCAAUUCUACGUNACAAAGAGAGCGGAAGAAAGCGUAACUUGGAAGCGGAAGCGGCGGAAAAAUAUGAACAGGAAAAACGUCAAAGAGAACUAAAUGAGCAAUACGACAAAUGGGGCAAAGGUCUGAAGCAAAUAAAAGAUCGUGAGGAAAGGUUACAGGACGAUUUAUACGAGAUGAGUAAACCGUUAGCAAGAUACGCGGAUGACGCAGAUUUGGAUAAACAAUUGAGAGAAGAGUUGAAAGACGGUGAUCCUAUGUUGGAAUACAUAAAACAAAAACAGAUAAAAGAAGGAAAGAGAAACCCAGAUCCGCCACAAUAUCAAGGGUCGUACGCGCCAAAUCGAUUUGGUAUCAAACCUGGGUAUCGAUGGGACGGCGUCGACAGAAGCAACGGAUACGAGAAAAAGUGGUUCGAAACGCAAAACGCGAAGAAAGCGCGGCAAGAAGAAGCUUAUAAGUGGAGUACAGCUGACAUGUAAUCGGGUUCGCACAUACAUAUUAUAUUAUAGAAAUAUUAGAAGUUUUUAAUUAUAUUUUCAUUGCGAUUGUUAAUAAAACAAUUUUGAUAAAAUAAGU